UACAGCUGCUCUCGGAGGUGAGAUGACCUUCCUGGAAAGGCUGGCUGCCAGCGGGGCUGCCGAUUCCGUGGGAUCUUCCCCAGAGAUGCUGGUGAGCGGCUUCGCUGCUGCUGCUCAGGAGAACCGACACUUGAAGUAGGAGGAGAUUACAUAUUUCACACAAGCGAGGUUUGUUGUCUGGCUUUGCAGGUUUUCCCGCAUGAUUGAAUGGCUGGUGGUUAUUGUGCCAAAAGUAAGGUCGUUCUGCUCCCAAAUGUAUUGCUUAAACACGUAAGUCCUUGCGAUGGCAGCAAUGACAGAAGCCAACAACAUCCAUGCAGUGACUGAGGGGCUGGAAGGAGAUGAUGCCAAAUGCAGUUUCCAUCACAGAAUGUUCUUGGAACCCCAAGAGAAGAAGAGGAGCAUGAAGGCUCUGGUGGUUAAGCAAGCAAAGAAAACCUGCAGCUGCACUCCAACCAAAGUUAAAGACUGGGUUUUCGGUUUCUUUCCCAUCUUACAGUGGCUUCCUAAAUACAAAGUAAGGGAGGAUCUCCUGGGAGAUUUAAUGUCUGGGGUGAUCGUGGGGGUCUUACUAGUCCCACAGUCAAUUGCCUAUUCUCUCUUGGCUGGAGUGGAGCCUAUUUAUGGCCUCUAUACAUCCUUUUUUGCGAGCCUUAUUUAUUGCAUAUUUGGAACCUCCCGCCACAUCUCAGUUAGCAUCUUCGGUGUGACCUGCCUGAUGAUGGGGCAAGUGGUGGAUCGUGAAGUGGAGAGAGCUGGCUAUGACGUGGAGCCAGCUGUGCUCAGCGUCCCCCCAGGUGCAGCAGCACGUGUGAACACCACCCUUUCACCAGUGAAUGGCACAUGGCAGGAGCUGCUCUGUGACAGGAGCUGCCACGCGAUUACGGUGGCAGUCACCGUGAGCUUCUUAGCUGGAGUUUAUCAGGUGGCCAUGGGUUUCUUUCAAGUGGGCUUUGUCUCAGUGUACCUCUCCGAUUCGUUGCUGAGUGGAUUUGUCACAGGUGCCUCCUACACCGUCCUAACCUCACAAGUCAAGUAUCUCCUGGGCCUGGACAUCCCACGGAGCGGAGGCAUCGGCUCUCUCAUAGUCACCUGGAUAAACAUCUUCAAAAACAUACACAAGACCAACAUCUGUGAUCUCAUCACCAGCUUCUUGUGCUUUCUUGUGCUUAUCCCAGCCAAAGAGAUUAAUGAACGUUUUAAAUCCAAGCUCAAGGCUCCGAUACCAGUUGAACUAUUUGUGGUUGUGGCAGCUACUCUGGCAUCUCACUUUGGGAAGCUGAAAGAGACUUAUGGCUCGAGCAUUUCUGGGCACAUCCCAACUGGGUUUCUGCCACCCCGCCCUCCAGAUUGGACCCUCAUUCCCAAUGUGGCUUUGGAUGCUGUUGCCAUCGCUGUCAUUGGCUUUGCCAUCACGGUCUCCCUCUCGGAGAUGUUUGCCAAGAAGCAUGGUUACUCUGUGAGGGCCAACCAGGAAAUGUAUGCCAUUGGCUUCUGCAACAUCAUUCCCUCCUUCUUCCAUUGCUUCACAACCAGCGCAGCUCUUGCCAAGACUCUUGUCAAGGAGUCCACAGGCUGUAGGACACAAGUCUCUGGCAUGGUGACUAGUUUGGUAAUCCUGUUAGUCCUCCUUGUGAUUGCACCUUUAUUUUAUUCCCUUCAGAAAUGUGUCCUUGCUGUCAUAACCAUCGUGAACCUCAGAGGAGCGCUGCGGAAGUUCAGGGACCUGCCGAAAAUGUGGCACUUGAGCAGAGUGGACACAGUGAUCUGGGGAGUUACCAUGGCAGCCACAGCACUCAUCAGCACCGAGAUCGGUCUUUUGGUUGGCGUUUGCUUCUCCAUGCUCUGCGUCAUCUUCCGAACUCAGAGGCCGGAGGCACCUCUGCUUGGCUGGGUGGCAGAGUCCGAGACCUACGAAUCCCUGUCUGCUUACAAGAACCUGCAAACCAAGCCGGGGAUCGUGGUGUUCCGUUUCGAAGCCCCGCUCUACUACAUCAACAAGGAGUGCUUCAAAUCCACCCUGUACAAGCAAACUGGGGUCAACCCGGUCUGGGUGAAGGCAGCAAAGAAAAAGGCAGCAAAAAGAAUGCUUAGAGAGAAAAAGGUGGGUUCUGGUGACAACCAGACCAGCAUCUCCAUGGAUUUUGUGUCUGAACCUCUGGAGUUUCACACAAUAGUGAUUGACUGUUGUGCAGUGCAGUUUUUGGACACGGCAGGAAUAUGCACGCUCAAGGAGGUCUGCAAGGACUACAAGGAGAUAGAUGUCCAUGUGCUCCUGGCCCAGUGCAAUCCUUCAGUGAGGAGUUCCCUGAUCCGAGGGGAAUUCUUUAAAGAGGGGGAGGACCACCUUCUCUUCCACAGUGUGCACCAGGCUGUGGACUUUGCAUUGGGCACCCAGGGACACGGUGGGACCAGUGCUUCUAAGGACUAGCUGUGGAAAGACAGCAAGUUGGAACAAAGCCUGGGAAAAAGUGUCUGUGGGUCUGUAUAUCUAUGCAAUCAAUAUAUGUGCACUCAGAUAAAAAGGGCAGGGUGGUUCUUAGCAUGCUGGUUGCUGUGCAGUAUGCUUAGAUGCUUUAAAUUUGCCUGCCAGGUGUAGUGAUCCAAUAAGUGGUACUGAACGAAGGCAAUUCUUAGCUUGAAUGCGGCUAAUCUGUGACUCUAAGAGUUUUCAUACGGUUGUUCAUCUCAUCUUUCUCUUCUCUCUUGAACUUUCAGUGUCUCAGUUCCCCUCUAAGUUUUCAUCAUCAGCACUGAAGUCUUUAUUGCAACCCUUUCUUUAUGGAUGGGGCAGGAUUCUAAAGUAGUCUGGUCAUCCUGUCCAGCUGAAGAACGAGGCAGCUCAUUUCUUGUCCCUCGUUCUGGCAUUGCUUUUUCAUCUCCACACCCUUAUGUUUGCUAAGGAAUGACUGACAGGGACUUUUUGCUCUGGUCUUUACUGUGCAGUGUUUGAUUUUUUUUAACCUUCCUGAAGGUAAAUAACAGCUAGAUAAAUCAAAUCUAAACAUGCAUGAAAAGAUCUUCAUUAAUAGCUUCUAACCAACCACCUAUCACCUCCAGAGGCUUUGGCACUGUCUCCUAAUGCAGCCAGGCCACGGGGGCAUGGUUAUCUUAUUUUUCCAGGCCUUUAUGUGCCUGUGCCUAUGGAAAUGUUACCUCUCUAGUUUGAUUUUAAUGAUUUUUAUUCAGAGGUGACUGCUUAGAAGUCUGGUUCAGUCAGUUGUUUUCCUAAUAUUUAGGAGUUCUUUAGGAUUGUGGACAUUAGAUAUGGAAAAUAUCUAGUUCUUGAGUUUCAACAGAAAACAGUCCCUUAUAGGCAGUUUUAUAUGCCAGGCAAACAGAAGCACAGGCACCAAAAUGGAAAGGGCCAAAUAGAUUAUCCAACAUCUAUCCAAAUAUGUUCGUGUCACACAGACUUUGGGUGUGAAUGCAGGUUUUAUUGACCAUAGACCCUUUGCACGUGCUCUGCCAGGGACUUUAUGCAAGGGGGAUGCACAGACCAAGGAAUACAGUCAUUGGAAAAGGAGCCAAGAAGAGUCUUUACUGAACUUUGUUUCACCAGGCCAGUGUAAAUAGAACUUUUUACUUGGAUUUUAAAUUGUUCAGAACAGUGAAGAGUGCCUGUUCUUCAUGCUGAAAUACAAGCACUGGGUAGGAAGAGGUUCUCUUUCCUUACAGUGAUAGAAUACAAUUAUGAAGGCAGAAUGGAGAGAUUAACAGUUUUUGCUGAGUACCAGUUAUACACAGCACACAGUACAUCUUUGGAAGAUGGUACUUUCUCCCAGGGGAGUUUACAGUCUGAAUUGUAGGUGCUUCACAGCUUUCAAAAGGGAAAGGUGCUGCUUACCGACAAUAUUCUCAUCCUUAAUCAUUCAAAGUCAGGAGUCAAAAAAGGCAUAAAAUGCAAUAUGAAUUGUGAAACGUUUACUAAAUAGGAAUAUAUUUUGAGUUUAGACUGUUCUCUUCUUUUUUUUUCUGAUCAAGGACCAGUAACUAUUCUCUUCUUUCUAUGAAAGCUGAAUGUCACGUAACACUCUAUACUAGGAGGUGGGACCUCAAGAGAAGGAUGAGACAGCAGGAAGAUGAGUCCUUUAUAUGUUAACUGAACAUGCUACAUUUUUUUAGGACAUCAUGACAGCCUAUAGAAAUACUGGGGGAGGUGGGGGGUGGCUGUAGCACAUAUUGAAAAGGAGCAUAUAACUGAGAUCUAUGCAUUCCAUAUUCUGGAACUGGCAGUGUUAAGGAAAGAAGCCUCUGGGUAUCAGAGAGAAAAUCCUAAAGCUUCUGCAGUAUUCAAACCCCACAAUUAUUGUUCUGUUCGAGGCUUGUUUAUAAGGAGAUGAAUCCCAAAUUCUGCUGAAUUUUUUCCUUUUCUGUGUGAACUUUUUUAUUCUGGGCUAAAAAUCCUUUAUGCCGUUUGGGUAAUUGUAGUUACUGAAUUGACAUUACCAGAGCAGAUUAGCCUGAGCUGUAUAAAAGCAGUGAGUGCAGUUAGUGCAUGAUGGAAGUUAUGCUUUAGUUCCUAACCAAACCCGGUUUGUGUUGAGUUCUCAAUCAGAGACCCUGGGUGGGAAGGUUUGUCCCCACAGGGGGCCAUGGCUUGGGGGGGAGUCCCUUUUCAACACAAUUUGUUCACAGAAUCUCUGGAACUUCGAACAAAAGCCUCAGUAUAAUUUCUAAAUGCUGAUUUUAACUACUAUAUUGCCAGAGGGCAGAGCAGCGCUAGAAACACUUAAAGCCCUGAUGAAAAAUUACAGCAUGUUGUUAUUGUAAUUUUCCUGCCUACCUGCAGCUACUUGUUCUCACUCCUUUUUCUUUCAGGCAUGGGCAGGAGAGAGGGAGAGGAGGAAGGAGCAGCUGGCCAGGAGACUUAAAGGCUGGUCAGCCACAACUGGGACAAAAGUCAAGUAGAAAUUUCUGUGGGUGAUUCUUUCCUCUUUCCCUCUCUCCCGUACUCCUUCCAUGCUGUCCAGGUGGAAAUCUUCUGAUCUGUGACCAUGCACAGGUUUGUGUAGCCAAAUUCUAACUGAGAAGGGGAAAACCUUUAUUUAUUGUGAUGUUUUUUCAAAUCCAUUUCUACCUGUGUCAGGAAGGGAGGAAUAGCAGUGUUAAUUUUAAUGUUAAUACUUUCCACAUCUAGCAGAAUGGGUAUUUGUAGCUCCUGGGUAUUUAUUUACAUAGAAGCACAAUAAAACAGCUAUGAAUUGAUUUUCCCAAUAAUUAAAUUACGUUGUAGGUAAAAGAUAUACUGAAGUGAUUUAUGUUUAACUAGAGCACAUUGUAUUUGUCCUCAGUGCUGUUUGCACAGCCAUAACCGGCAAUGCAGCUUCCAAAUUCCAUAAAGGAAAACAAGAACUAAAAUGCAACAGCAAAAACAGCCAGGCAACCCAAAGAAAAACUUCUAAUGUUCUUAUUUAAGAUAACAUCCAGAGGUCAUAGUAUUAAUAAGUCUAUAUUAAUGCACACUGCCCUGUUUAAAAGGGAACCAAAAUAAAUGCCAUUUGCCAGACGGUUCAGUGUAAUAGAAUCCUUUGGAAUUAACUGAAGAUUAGAGCUUAUUAUGGUUGGAAUAUCUUAGAACAGUGGAUUUCAGCCAUUUCCUUUUAGGCCUAGAAUAACUUUUUAGCAGUGACAUGAAUCUGAUUUAAGCCUACUGGCAAGAAGCACAUUUUGCUUGAAUAUGUUUAUGGACCAUUUAAAGUAAUCCAAUUUCAUCUUUAGGAAUCAGGGACCACUGAUUGAAAGCUAUUGCCCUAAAGAAUUUGUUUUAUAAAGGAAUUUUGUAUAUAUCCACACACACAUCUAUAUGUGUAUGUAUAUAUUUGUGUGUGUGUGUGUAUAUAUAUAUAUAUAUAUAUAUACACACAUAUGUAUCUUUUGCUGCUGUGUGGUGGUUGCAGCAGCUGUAUAUAUCCAGUUAUGCUUUUGUGAUACUCCUGCUUCUGUCCUGGAAAGGGCUCUUCUGCCUUCUACUGUUCUAAAUGAACAGUGGAGAACAUGUACCAGUUUUUUUAAGGGGAAAUCUCACUGCCUUCUCUUCUCCCUUCCUCACAGCUGAAUGUAAACUAUGGGAAGAGGGACUCUCAGAACAAUUGGUUUUGGGUUUAUGCAUCUGUCCAGAACUGGAAUAUUCCUCCCAGGUGCAAACUUCAGAACCCCAAGCUAGACUGGAAGAUGGUAUAAAUCAUUUUAUCUCCAUUCCCAAAGGUACUAAUCAGCAAUUAUCACUCUAAAUGAAGAAUUACAAGAUCAUUAGCACAUUCAUUAAUGACAACAACAUGGCAUUAUGGAAAUUAACACUCACAGCCUCAGCUGUACUAAAGACUCCUAGAAAUGUCUUUAGCAAUCUCCUGCUAAAUGUCAGGCUCUUUUUUCCUCGUGUGUUGCUGCUGUAGAUAGUAGUGUCAGUUCCUCUUAACGUGGCAGCUGCACUAAUAAAAGUUUCACUUGUGUGAGUGUUUUGACAUGAAAACCAUUUUAGGUCCACUUCACAAAACAGGGAAAGGCAUUGCAGUGGUGCUUAUUUUUGGAUUCAUAAUGACAUUGUCAACCUUAGUCUUGUGUGAUUUAGUGAUCCUGAUUUCCUUGUGAGCCACUGCAGUUCCACCUGCUCCUAAUUCACUCCUAAUUCACCCACCUCCAACUUCUUGAUGCUUCUUUCUGUGUUUUGCUACAAGACAUUGCAUAUAGUUGACUGUAAAUAGAAGAAUCAUUGGUUUUGUGUGUGUUGCUGUUACAUGUGACCUGCUGCUCAGUUUUUAUGGCAGAUCUUUUGAUAAGGCUAAAGCUCCUGAACAGAGAGAGGAAAACAACCUCAAACCCCACGAAUCCUGUGGGUGCUGGGGCUGGGAGAAAGGGGGCUGUGGGCAGCUGAUAGGGGAGCACUUCUGUGUGUGUCCCCAUGCUGGAGCCUCAGCCUGGUUUGGGACUGGGAGAGGGUUUGUGUAACUGUUGGUGCUGUCCAGGAAUGACAAAUUAACCUUUAAUGUCUUUAUUAUGGGGCUGCUGGGACACGGUGUUGUGCAGCCCUGUGCCUUUCUCCAGAGGGAGUGUAAUAACAACACGGGACCUGGUUCCUCAGUGCUCUGCUCAGUUCCUCCUCAGUCACUGUCCUGAGAUACAUAUGUAAGGGAUUUCUGGUUUUAUGGUUAUUUUUUUCGGUCUAAUUUUAAUCUCAGUCUCUCCCAGGCAGGGCAGCAGAGCUGCCACGACUCCUCCAUGCCUAUGGAAGGCUGUCUCUCUUGGGAGAAAGCCCACAGCCACGCUUUUGCCUCUGCUCACUCCUGCUGGCUUUUGUCAAGAGACGUUAAAAUCCACUGAGAAGUGAGGUACUGCAGGCAGGAAAACAUCCUGGCUGCCACACUGGGGUUUUAAGCUCCUCCAAACCCAGCUGCCUCCCACAGCCUUGUGCUGAGGUUGGCCUUGAACCCUGCCUGUGCUUGGUCCUAGAUCUGUUUGAGGGUGAAACUCUUCAGGCAAAUAGUCUCUUUCAGGGCAUUAUCUUCUGUUGUGGGGUUUUUUUUCACAUGCUUUAGAAAAGUGAUUUAAAUGCUUGAGGUGAUUUACAUUUUUAAUUUUUUUUUUCAUUGACAUGGCUAAGCCAGUGGAGCUGUGAUGCAAAUAUUCAUCUGCUGCCCGUGCCAUACAAGGUACUUUGUGUAACUUAGUUGGUUCUGCUGAGUCUCAGUGUAGGAUGCUGUUGUGAGACUUCAAUGUUGAUAUAACUCUCCACAUGAGAAGGGCAUUGCAUUUCUCUGCUGGCAUAGCCAAAGGGAGUCAUGUCUUUAGUGCAGACUUUGCACUGUGAAUGACCUUGGUAAAUCCCAAGAAUUACUUGCACUGGGUCAUCAUGUUCAUAAGCCUUUGUAGGAUCAACUGCUCAUGUGAAAAUCAACCUGAUCUUUACCAUUUCAGUCAAAUUCUGCCUGAAGUGGAAAUAAUUCUGAAUCUUGCUUUUUUAUUUGAGAUCCUUGCAAUGCUAAAAAUGAGGCCUCUCAUUAGGUAAAAUGGCAAAUAUUUAAUAUAUAUAUAUACAUAUGUUUAGUUCAUAGUAUAAUUAGUACCUUUCUAUUUUAUUUUCUAGAGAUCUAUAAGCUGAGGCAUAUUGGUAUUCUUUAAUAUGCAAAUGCACAAAAUAUUUCAGCAUUGAAUGGAGAAUCAAAUCUCCAUUGAGAUAAAUUUACUGCUAAAAAUAUUUGAAUUGCAGCUCUCUCCAGCUCUGAAAGCACUUAGCUCUUAGUCCAGCUCCCAAAUGAUCCCAAUAUUCCACAAGAAGACAGGAAACAAACUUUGCUGAACUUGGGUCCAAGUUUUUGAUAUCUGAUUUUUUACCUAAAGAAGUAAAUUUUAUGUAUAUUUGAAAUGCAGCUGAAACACGGUUAAGGAGAGGUAAAGUGUCACUUUUUCUGAAAAGCACGAGUCAUCAGUCUUCUGUCCCUGACCAUCAUCUCUAGUACCUUGGUGUAUUCUGGGGUAUGAUUUGUUGAAUUAUUUUAAAUUCAGAAUAAUUUUAGGUAUUUGUGAUGUGAUCUUUUGCAGAACAAAUGAAAUGGCAAACUUUGCCAACAGGACCUCAGAACUGGAACAGAUCACAUUGGUCAGCUGACCAGUUUACAAAAUAGUUUAUGUGUUAUUUGAAUAAAAUGUGGGAAAGUCAUAUAAUAUCUAUAAAAAGUCCCCUUAUUUGGUGGCAUCAGUUUUAUUUUUUCAGUAGUCAUCUGUGUUCUGCCGUCAUUUCUGGUGUCUGUCCUCUGCGUGGUGUUGGCUCUCCUUUACAGUGUCUCUGUCUGAGCUGUAUCAGUUGUUAUUUUUAAAUGCUAAUGUGCCUUAUUGCCAUUGUAGAAGAUUUGUUAGCAUGAGAAUUUUCUAUCAAAUAUGGUAAAAUCAUUGGGUUUCUUUAGCACAAUUAAAAUAUGGUAUUUAUGUUUUUUU